AACCAACAGGUUGCUGCUUCCCUGUUGCCAGCAGCCAUGAGGUCCCGGCUUCUGAUUUCUGUGGCCCACCUGCCCACAAUCCGGGAGAGCCAGGAGGAGAUGCUGCCUGGGGGUCUUAGGCAGGAACCUCCAACAUCCCCCAGCCUGGAUGACUAUGUGAGGUCCAUCUGUCAGCUGGCGCAGCCCACCUCAGUACUGGACAAGCCUGCAGCCAAGGACCGACUGAGAAGACCCCACUGGCCAGCCUGGGCUUCUGAGGAGAGCUUUCCCACCAGGUCCCCAUAUGAUAUCACUACCCACUCCAGCACCCAACAGCCCACACUGCCUGAGGCUGGCACUGCUGACCCUCUGGACUGGCUCUUUGGGAAGUCCCAGGAAAAAAAGCCAAGUUGGAGGGACAAGUCAAGAAGGACUGGCUUCUCUGCUGACCCUUGGGUUCUACCUAGACAGAUAGACAGCAGGAAGGCCCAGGGAGUCCUCAGAAGGAGGCUAUGUGAUGCCAGGGUACAGGGGCACUCUCUGGAGAGACCAUCAUGGGACUGGCACCUGGGCUUCUUGGCUUCCGGGAAACACGACCAGGCUGCAGCCUUCCCUGCAAGCUCCUGCCCCAGCAGUGUCCUCAGGACUCUCUAUCUGCACCUCCCAGUGAUCCAUGAACUCUGACCCCUCCCUAAUAAAGGCUUCUGUAUGGAGCAAGCUGGUCUGCUUCAUGUCUCCACUCUCCCUCCCUUGAGGUGGCCACUGCCAUAGGCAGGUCUCUGGGAGGAAAAUGCCUUUUUGGAGGGGAGGCCUGCUUUGAAAAUUCAUAGUGAGACCUCUAUUCUGAAUAGUGAGAACAGCUUAUCUCACAUGGUAUGAUAUUACUGAUCCCAUCUGCAUUGCUCCUUGCUGGUUGACCACCUAGGGCAAAUUAUUGUCUCUCAGUUUUUUUGGUAAAAUGGGGAUAACUGAUGGGACCUGCCUCCUAAGCUGUUAUGACAAGUAAAUGGGAUAAAGCCGACACACAUGAUGGGGCACCUGUAGCUGUUGUCUAUGUGGAGAAACGAGAUUGGGGGGAGGAGAGAAGGAAACAAGGUCUCAGCCUCUCAGAGGUUUCAGAGCAAGACCCAGGGUGCUUCCAAGCCCCUGGACCUCUACUUUCAGAGCCCAUGUUCCAUGAUGCCUAGGAGAAAACAUAGGGUCUCAGCAAAUGCCCUUACUCUGUUUCAGGGGGACCUGUCACUGUGGUACCAGGGAGUACCUCAAUGGCUCCAGCUUACAAGUCUUGUGUCAUCAGGAGAAUUUUCCCCAAGCUAAGGGCCAAGAUAGAACCUGCACCAGCUCAGUCUGCAGGAUGCCAAAUGAUUGGCACCAGGCAGC